AUGGCACCGAAUCCCAAUAAAACUUAUCGCGUGUGUGAUAAUUGUUUUGGGAAACUAAAGAAAGCUAUUGAAACUGACACUUCAUCUCAGUCUGUUGUGGGUAGGAGAGGAAGUAUGAAUCAGGGCUUGAAUGAGCUAAUUGACAAAGACGAUAAGUUGGAUUCCAGAUCUCAUCCUCAUCUUGGAAGAUUUUCCUCAAUGGAAUCCUUGAAACAAGCGGAUAGCCGUUCUUCCAAGAGAAAUAAGAAGUUAGAAUUCAAUAGUAGCCGUGUAUCACCCAUUCCAAAUGGAAGUUCCCAGUGGGGAGCUCUUAACAUCUCUAAAUCUUUUAAUCCAGUAUUUGGAUCAUCCAAAAAAUUUUUCUCAGCUUCUGUUCCUGGGUCAAGAAUUGUUUCUCGAGCAACAUCACCAAUUUCAAGACGGCCCAGCCCACCUCGUUCUACUACACCAACUCCAACUCUGGGUGGACUCACCUCACCAAAAUUUGUAGUGGAUGAUGCUAAAAGGACAACUGAUAGCCAUAGCCAGGAAGUUAUUAAAUUAAGAGCACAGGUGGAAAAUCUGACUCGUAAAGCCCAACUUCAGGAGUUAGAGCUGGAAAGAACUACUAAACAACUAAAGGAUGCGAUAGCAAUUGCACGGGAAGAGACUGCAAAAUGCAAAGCAGCGAAAGAAGUGAUCAAGUCACUUACUGCCCAAGAAACAGGAAGUGAAAUCAAUGGGAGGUUCAAAUGA